AUGGAAGACGUAGAAUACAACUUAGGAGUUAAGCAAAUUUCCAAAACCAGAUUUCAAGGUAACGCUCCAUUAACGAAACCUCACCCAUCUUCGCGUGGAGUAUACGGUGGAAACCUUGCUGGGCAAGCAUUACUAGUGGCAAUUAGAUCUUCGCCAGAAGGCUUUACUCCACAUGCACUUCAUUCAUUCUUUGUCAAGGCGUGUUCGCCAGACACAGUAGUUGAUUAUGAAGUCGAAGUUGUAAGUCAAGGUAAUAAUUUUUGUAACAGGCUGGUGAAAGCUAUCCAAGACGGAGAGAUUAAGUAUAUUGCCAAUAUUUCGUUAACGAGAAGGAAUUCAAAUAAAGAUUCGACUGAAAAAUAUUUGAAGUAUAAGAAAAAGGUAGAAGAACAUGGGGAAGACGAAGAUGAGACUCCUGUUCAGAAGCCAUUUGGCUUUGGUACGCCUUAUCCAAAGUGGUUAAAGGAUUCACCAGCCGAAAGUUUGAAGCUAGAUGUUAGAGGCAAAAACAGACUAAUUUAUCACAAAAUCCCCCCACAAAUGAAUCAACUAGACAUAACCAAAAAUGAAGACAAGAUUGCACCAAGCGAAAGAAAGCUAUCAUUCUAUGUUAAAUGGGGCAAUGAUGGUGAAGUUGAGAUCAAGGAUCCUGCGUUCCAUUACGUUGGUUUGGGAGUUUUAUCUGAUUCCUUCUUCUUGACGAGAUUGGCUAGAGUAUUGCGAAUUCCGGGCCUUGAGUAUUCUAAUACCGUUCACUAUUUUUCCCUUUCCUUAGACCAUAUAAUGUAUUUCCAUGAUACUGAUUUUGAUGUUACCGAAUGGAUGGGAUUCAGUUUCAAAAAUGUCAAAUUUUCCAAUAAUAGAGCUUUAUUAGAAGGCGAAAUGUAUAAUGAGAAAGGGGUUCAUGUUGCCACAAUUAUUCAGGAAGGUUUGGUACACUUCAACGGCAUAGAGAGAGACGCCAAGUUGUGA